UUGUUUUGAUUGGGAUGAUAUGUAAAGCCUUGCUGCAAUUAGGCUUGCAACCAGCUCAGCGGCGUUGUAUUAGUUAAACAGGUAUUGUGAGCUCGUAGGAUUUCAUUAAUGACUGCUUGCCAUUUGUUAGUGCUUGAAGUACUCGCCAGGUAAUACAUAGAUAACACGUUAAGCAGGUUAGAAGAGAUGCAAGUUAAUAUCAAUGGAAUUUCUUCAAAGGUUUUUUCUUUAACUGGAAUGCUUAUCAUGCUACUGGCCGCUGUGACAGAUCACUGGCGAAAGAAAGAUAUAAAAGGGAGGGCCGUCCACGAAAGUGUCUGGGAUGACUGCGCAAUUUUGGAAACAGGACAGACAUGUUACUUGACCAAGAAAGAACAAGAUCUCUUGAGUGGGGUACAAGCACUUGUUCUUCUCUCGAUGGUGUUCGAAUUCAGCAAUCUUCUCAUAAGUGGCUUCAUCUACUGCCUCAAGACAGCGCUCAAACCGUUCCUAAUUACCAUCGAAACUUGUGCAGCUAUAUUCGGCACAGCGGCAGUCAUCAUCUACUUGCACAAAUUUAUUGUUAAAGCCCGUUGGAGUAUUGGUUGGUCGUGGAUUCUCGCUGUAGUGGGCGCAAUCUGCAUCAUUGUCGGUGACUUCCAGAGCCUCAUACAUUUUUCAAGAACCCGAAGAGCAAAGAAUGCAGAGAAAUUAAGAGAGUACAUACCUAUGGAUAAUGUGCCUGGGCAUGCUUCUCAUCAAGUUUGAACUGAAGCAGUUCUCUAUGAAUAUGUGGCUGGGAAGAAAAAGAACGGUGUUACGCAAGGAUCAUUACUCGUGUCAUACUGUCUGAGUUGACAAAACUAUGUGUGCUUGGAUAAAUUUCAAUGUAUAAAGUUACGUUGUACAUAGCAUAUGAACAGAAAGAAA